GUCUGAAGUCUGUACGCCAACACCACGUUCACUUCCAACGCCACCACAGAGACCACCAACACCACCUCGCUCUGCAUUCUUUGCUACAAGCUCCAAAGGACCUGCACAUGGAAGUGGGAAUUUCAGCGGACACACUGCGACCCCUGGCAGCACCUACGGCAAUGACGGUGCAUUUCCGUCACAGAGUACAAGUCUUCAGAUGCACGGUAUGUAUCCACAGAUGGGCCCAAGUGCUACAAAGGUGACAACAAACCACCAGUAUGUCCCACGUCAGGGAAGGUUGUACCAGGAUUUGCAAGAGCGGCGACAUCGCAGAUGUGAAGUAGCACAGCAACAGCCCGCAUCACGAAAUGUGCACCCAUCCUCCGCUGCUUGCAGUUUUUCACAUCAGAGUUUUGCAGCACAUGAAAUCCAGCAAGUAGAGCCCUUAGUGCAAGUACGACAGCUGGCUCAAACUCCUCAGUCAGGCAAUCAUUAUGGUGAAACACAACAUAUGCCACAGCUGUCACCUGCAGAAAUAAGGCACUCACCUUCUAACGAUGAAUUGCUACACCAGAGUUUUGCUAGCCGACAAGACGCUUCCAGUGCAGUCCAAGAGCAAACACCUGUCCGCAGAACUAGCCAUGGAAGUGAUGGAACUCAUUAUGGAUUCUAUCAAGAAAUAUUAAAGCUCCUACACACGAUGAGGCUUACGUUGCAGUCGCACACUGAGCACCUGCUGAUGGUCCUUGAGAAGCUUAGUAGCAGGACUGAUACCACUGAAAUGGUGCAACCUGACAUCAUUGACGAGCCUUUCAAAACAACGGAAGCGUUCUUACGUUUUGAGGAGGAACUGAAAGAAAGCUCUGAGAAGAGGAAUCGGCUAAAACUAUUCAUGAAGUUUGUCGGUGGUGCCACUGUGGGGGAGCGUACGUUUAGAAUUUUGUCACGACUGCUGUCCCCUGCCGUCGGUAAGGAGUUCAGCCUUCAUGGAACAAAAGGAAAGCUGAAGUUCAGUGACCUACAAACCUGGAGGGUGUUGUGCUAUUCCUUGGCACCUGAAGACCAAGCAAAGGUUUCAAGCAAGGGAACCCUUAAAGAAAUCGAGAAGGCUACACAGUCAUGGCUGCGUCAUGCACCAGAGUCUCACAGAAGGCAGCAGGCAAGACAAGCUGCGGAAAACGCAGAUAGCUUGUGAUACCAUAACCUAAGAACUUUUUUGCAAACUGAAAACAUUUUUUUCGUCAUGCAUCAUUUGAAGCCCCUUGUGAUACUGCGAGUUCUAACUGUGGCGAAAACUGUUUCAAAUGUUGUUUUCGACCCUACAUGAUCUGUGAUACUUUGUGAUACCAUGUGCUGCUAAGACUGCAUAUUAAUCUUCCUGUUGUUUUUCUGUCGCGCAUUACCCUUGACGUUUUGUUACUGUGUGCAAAAUACUAUGACACCAACACGUCAGUUUUUUUUGUUUGUUUUUUCAUACAUUGCUGCCCGUUUGCGGAGUAUAUAUAUAUGCAGAUUACUGUUAAAAUUCGAAUUCAGCAUUUAUUUCCAGUGUUUUUAGUAGUUAUAUAUAUAUAUAUAUAAUGUACGUAUGUACGUGUGUGUGGGGGGUAAAGAGGCUGAUAUAUCAGAUGGCUACUC